AUGAAGCACCACUUGAUGGUCGGCACAUGGACGAAACCCGGUCGCAUCUAUACCGUGCAAUUCGAUGACGAAGCCCUCACUCUGGAGCUGGUCAAAAAGACCGACAUCCCCGAAGCCGAGCCAAUCUCAUGGAUGACCUUCUCGCACGACAAGAAGGCCAUCUAUGGUGCUGCCAUGAAGAAGUGGAACAGCUUCGCCGUCAACAGCCCCACUGACAUUGUUCACCAAGUGUCGCACCCCGUCGCCGGCCACCCUCUCGCUCCCAGCAGCGAGACCAACACCCGUGCCAUCUUCGUCCUCGCCGCCCACCAGCCCCCCUACAAUGUCUACGGCAACCCCUUCUAUAACUACGCCGGUUACGGCAACGUGUUCUCUGUCAAUUCCGACGGAGCUCUGGACACCAAUGUGCAGAACUACGAAUAUGACCCCAAGACCGGUAUCCACGGCAUGGUGUUCGACCCGACAGAGACCUACCUCUACUCGGCCGAUUUGUCGGCCAACAAGAUCUGGACGCAUAUCAAGGACCCCCAGACGGGUGAAUUGACCCUCGUGGACUGCCUGGAAGCCCCCGACCCCGGUGAUCAUCCCCGCUGGGUCGAGAUGCACCCCAGUGGCAAGUACCUGUAUGCGCUGAUGGAGGCCGGCAACCGCUUGGCCGUUUACGUGAUCGAUGAGCGCACCCACAAGCCAGUGUUCACUCACAUCACUUACCCUCUGCUACCCUCUGGCCUUCCUCCGCGCAACAAGUACCGUGGCGAUGUCACCUUUUGCACCAAGAGCGGAGAAUACCUCUUUGCGACCACUCGCUCCAACCACUUCGACGUGACCGGCUACAUCACCGCAUUCAAGCUUGGCCCACACGGCGAGAUCGAGCGUCAGCUGUUCAUUAACCCCACAUCUACCAGUGGUGGUCACUCCAACGCAGUCAGCCCUUGCGACUUCAGCGACGAGUGGUUGGCGCUUUGCGAUGACCAAGAAGGAUUCGUGGAGAUGUAUCGCUGGCGUGAUGAGAAGCUCGCACGCGUGGCGCGUGUGGAUAUUCCGGAGCAAGGAUUUGGUAUGAACGCGAUCUGGUACGAUUAA